AUGCUCGGGCUCGGGGACGACUUGGACCGCGACGCGCCGUGUCGCGUCGCGUCGUUCGGGGGGGGCGGCGGGAGGCGCGCGGCGCGAAUGAACGACGCGACGCGGUUCCCCGGCGCGAUGAGCGACACGGACGAUUCGGACGAGGAACGCGACGCGGAGGAGGAGGCGGAGGCGAGGCGGAGGCGAGGAGGGGGGUGGGACAUCGCCCGGAACGACCCGCGUGAUUUUCUGCGCGCGAGCGCGGAUUCGGCGCUGUCCGGGGGGACAUCCGUCGACGACGACGACCCCGGCGCGCGCGUCGUCGCCGUGUCCUUCGGCGCGCGCCACGCGGUCGCGGUCACCGCGGACGGCGUCGCGCACACGUGGGGCGGCAACGCGCACGCGCAGCUCGGCACGGAGGACGGCCCGUCGCAGACGCCGCGCCCGUGGCCCGCGCCCGUGGAUUUGGAAGACGCGGUCGAGAGCGGGAGCGACGUCGACGACGUCGACGGCUUCGACGACGACGAUCUCGAUCUCGACGACGAAGAGCUGCUCUUCGCGCAGGACGGCGACGCGUCGUUCGACGCGCCGGGACCGACGACGUCGCCGGGUGGCCCCGGCGCGCGUCGUCGCGCGCGGCGGCGAGGAUGCUCUCGGACCUUCGUCGUCGCCGCCGCCGCCGGGGGCAAGCACACGGCGCUGACGACGGCGCGCGGCGCCGUCGUCGUCUUCGGCGGCGGGCUCGGCGUCGGCGACGCGGGUCAUCAAGGCGCGAACGCGGGCGGAUGGACGCCGCCGACGCGCGUGCGCGGUCUGCCGAUGAGCGCGUCGAGCGUCGCCGCGGGGAGGGAGCACACCGUGGUGUUGACGCGCGAGGGCGACGUGUACGCGUGGGGCGACGACGGCGUAGGGCAGCUCGGCGGCGGCGAGCGGUCUUCGGACGCGGCGGACGCGUUCGCGCGUCCGACGCCGGCGAAGGUGGCGUCGUUCCCUCGAGGGUAGGCGCGCGGCAUGCGUGCUAUUCGCGCGCUGCGCACGGUACGAUAGUCUAUCUAUCUUAUCUAUCUAGUCUAAAUAACACGCC